AUGGAUGCUUCUUGGGCAUCCUGGGUGACUGCUCCAGCUGGCCUGCCACUAUUCAAAGUACUUGCGGCGACCGAAAAGAACUUGGGAAAUGACACUCUAUCCACUUCUAACACCACCUUCUCGUUCCAGUCCAAUAUUCGGCGUGACUGGGAUGGCACCCUUUGCGAAGCCUUGAUAUCAUGUUCGCAGUCGCAGGCCCGUGACAGCUCCCUAUCAAAGCCACAUCGAGCGAGGAAGUAUUCCGCGAUGGACUUUCCCACCUUUUCACGUGAGGAGAGCGCCUCACCUGCGAGAGGACAGACUCCCAGUUCGACUGUCUCCUAUGCGAUAAAAACUACUCCCUCCACCCCACUCUCUUCGUCGACUUCUUUGGGCGUGGCAUCCAGGAAUGAGGACGACUCGCUGCACCUCGACUUCACCGACUACAUCGCUCUAGGUUGUUUACAUUAUGAUGAUUUCGUUGUUUCUCCCCCUGUCCCUACGAAGCCCUGGUCGGAGAUCUAUCCAGCCCUAGGUCAGCAAUGGAAGCUGAAGCUCAAAGAGGAUGCAUCCGUUCUACUUACAGCGGGUUGGAUACGAAUGUUUGCCUACGCGCUAGAGAGCCUGGCAGCAGGGUGCGCCGUCUUCAGAAUCUUUUUGCGACCUCUAGAGUCGUACGAAGAUCGGCAGAACAAGAUUCUCAAAUCUCGAUUACGGUCGCUCGUCCAGCGCAUCAACAUUUCGCAAGAAGCCUGGUCAGGGCGACAUGAUGUAGCGCAACAAAUGUUCGAUCCGUGGGCGACGGGAGAAGAUGAAUCACUUUUCUAUCUAUUCAACACAAUACCCUCCCCUCACCCUGAUCCGGGUGUUAUCUCAUGUCCCUACUCAAGGCAGGCAGCAGAAGACCUACUUAACCCAGGAACGCUCCAAGGACUGAGGACAAAGUUGUACGAAUUCCAGACACGAUCUGCAUCGCUAAUGGUUCAGAAAGAAUCUGCACCGCAUAAGAUUCUAGACCCGCGUUUCGAACCAAGAUACUCUCUUGAUAAUCGUCUAUUUUACUACAACCCGAAUGAUAUGGAGUUUGUCCUGAAGCCGCAGUAUUACGACUCCAACAGAGGUGGCAUACUUGCGGAGACCAUGGGGAUUGGAAAAACUUUGAUUUGUCUCGCUGUAAUACUAUCAACUAAAGAUCAUAUGCCGUCCGUUCCGCCACGAUAUCAAGGAGGAGAACGACGUUGGGGCCGACUUAGCCGCCCUGGAGAGAAAGUUCGCCCAGAACAAGGAAGUUCUGACACUGAGAACUCUUCGCCAGCCAAAGAGAUCUCAGGCAUCAAUGGCUCGACAACUAUCACGUCUUAUGGGGCCGACGACUUCUGGAAAGUGGGCACUCUUGCCAAGAUGGCUGCUGCAACGGCGACUCGCAAUUCUAUACCCUGGAAACGCCUCAUUCCUAAAGAUACCGAAAGCUCCAAAAUUCUGGAUGCUGCCGUGCCCUCAUAUGACGUGCCAAUCGAACAGGCCCGGAGAAGUCGCAGCAGCUUGACCAAUAUUACGCAGAAGGUCACGCUGUGUAGCGGCACUUUAAUUGUAGUUCCUCCAAAUCUUCUGACUCAAUGGCAAUCCGAGAUUAAGAAACACGUUGCUGACGGGUAUCUCAAAGUUCUGGUACUAGACAACAAAUUCACUGCGAAAUUGCCAGGGAGUGAGAAACAUGCAGAGCGGGAUGGCAUUUUCUGUACGAAGCUUCUUCCAUCGUCUGCUAUGUUACGAACGUAUGAUAUUGUUUUGUUUAGCCGGCCACGCUUUGAACAAGAAAUCAAGGAUGGCGAAGAUAGGUACGGACGACGACUUCACACUGGUGCGCCAACAAUCUGCCAAUGCCCAUAUAUUGGCGCAACCCGCAUUCCCGACUGUCGCUGUUUCAAAAUAGAUGAGACGUAUCGAUCUCCUCUCAAAGAAUUGCAUUGGUUGCGAAUGAUCAUCGACGAAGGCCACAAUUUUGCCUCGGCCAAAUCCAAUGCGGUGCUCAUUGCCGGCCAGAUCCAGGCUGAACGCCGCUGGGUGGUAUCUGGAACCCCAGCGAAGGAUUUGGUGGGUGUCGAUGUGGAGCUGCCAGUCACAGACGAGUAUGAAUCAAGAGAUGCCGUCAUGGAGAAGAGGCGUCAGUUCAGCGAAUCGGAUGAUACCAAAUCAGCCGUGAAGAGCUUGAGAGAUCUUGCAAAGCAUUUCCUAAAGGUCCAACCCUGGGCGGAUUGCGAUUGGGACGAUUACGUUUACCGUCAUGAGAAGACAAGCAAAAAGAAGACUUACACAUGCUUCUCCGCGUGUAUGAAGCAGACGCUAGGCGGAUUGGUUAUCAAGACUGCGCCCGAGAUUUACGAAAAGGAGGUCAGCAUACCCGAGUUGACACAUACCAUCAUCCGCCUAAAGCCUUCUUGGUUUGACAAAAUGUCAGCCAAUCUCUUCAUUCAGGUUAUGCGAGCCAAUGCCAUUACCAGUGAGCGAGCGGGCGUCGAUUACUUGUUCGACAAUCACAAAAACAGCGUUAAGGCACGGCAUAGCUUACUGAAGAAUCUUCGGCAGGGCAACUUCACAUGGACCGGCUUCACAGAGGAAAACGUCCGCGAGACCUUGGAAACUAGCCAUAAAUAUUUGAACAAGGAGGACAAAAAGUGCUCACAGCAGGACGUCGAAAUUUUGACAGAAAGCAUGCAGAUGAUUGAGCAGGUCUUGGGAUCUCCUCGCUGGUUGUCUCUCAGUAAAACACACGAGAUGGGUUUCUUCGUGGAGAGUUGGCCACAAGAGUCCAUUGAAUAUUUUGCGCUUGGUGGAAUAGCAGCGCCGCAGAUGAUUGGAGUCUCUCAACUAUUAGAGGGCCAAUUUCAUGUGAAUAGUCAGGUAUCUUCAGAUGAUCCGGCGUCCGGACUUGUCGAAGUAGGCGAACAUGGGAGAUUAAGGCUGGAACAAGCAGCGAAAGCCGAAGAAGAGACUGCAGCAAAACGUAAGACUUCGAAGUCCUCCGAAGUCGCCCCCAAAGGAGUGCCUUUAUCAUGCGUGGACGGGGAACCAACGUCAGCAUCAGCUAAACGCUCUUUGCCCACGCGAGUGAACUCGUCUCCAAAGAAAGGUAGCCAGUCAACACAGAAUGCAAACGCGCCAGCUGCGUCCAACGGAAACGGGGAAUUCAAACCGGCAAUAAGAAAGCGGAAAUUGACAUUCUCUGACAUUACCAAAGAGCUGGCCGCUGGGUCACCCCUCUUGAAAACUCAUGUCAUCGGGACGACCUCCUCCAAAUUGAGCUAUCUCCUCGACAGAGUAAUGCUGUUUCAAGCUGAACACAAAAUCAUCAUCUUCUACGAUGGCGACAACACCGCAUAUUAUCUAUCUCAAUGCCUGGACUCUUUGCACAUCGGCCAUCGUAUCUACGCUCGCACCCUCGACUCCAACAAGCGGGAUAAUUACAUACACCUAUUCAAAGAAGAUCCCAACAUCCGUGUCUUUCUUAUGGACGUCGCUUGUGGUUCCCACGGACUGGAUCUCCAUGUCGCGAGCGUUGUCCUCAUCAUCAACCCCAUCAACCGGAAGGACGUCGAGGCACAGGCCAUCAAGCACAAUCGAAGACGACAAAGGGAUCCAAGAGAUCAUCCAGAACGCCAAGAUUGUGCCCGUGAAACCGAGCGAGGCGCAGGGAGAGAAUCAGAUGGCGAGGCUAAGGGAAAGGCAACGGGUCUUUGCUAG